CUCACGGCAGGAGACGAAUGCGAAUAACGUUCCUGUUCGAUCUACUAUUUCAGGAGGCGGCCAACGGAGGGCACGCGAACGGGCAAUCAUCAUCGGCGUCCUCUUCGUCGUCCGGAAGUGGCACAAUGGUGAAAACGUUCCAAGCCUACCUGCCGCCGACGAAUCGAACGUACUCCUGUGUCCACUGCCGGGCACACCUAGCUAGUCACGAUGAGCUUAUAUCGAAAUCGUUCCAGGGCAGCCAGGGACGAGCGUAUCUGUUCAACUCGGUGGUUAACGUAGCGUGUGGACAAGCGGAAGAACGCGUCCUACUGACAGGUCUACAUGCCGUCGCUGACAUAUACUGUGAAUGCUGCCGAACACCUCUGGGAUGGAAAUAUGAACACGCGUUCGAAUCGAGCCAGAAGUACAAGGAGGGAAAAUAUAUCAUCGAACUGGCGCACAUGAUCAAGGAGAAUGGUUGGGAUUGAUUUGCGUCGCCGGUGCGGCGCACCCGAACCAGCAGCAACAGCAGCAGCAGUGGUGGCAGCUCAUCGGCGAUAAACUAACCCAAACAGUCC